CUCUUCCUUUCUCUCGCCCCCUAAACCUCGGCUGCCCUUUUAGGAGAACCUCGCCUUCGGAUGUGGGUAAUAUGUCGGCCCCGAUAUACAAAUCUUUGGACCAAGACAAGGGGGAAAUACGGCUGCUCUACUUAACUUGGAAUGGGAAGGAGGAUGAAGCGAUCACGGCCCGGAUGAUUACGGCACCUUUUGAGGACUGUCCGUGCUAUGCUGCCUUAUCCUACGUGUGGGGCGACGAAACGCAGAACGUCGAGGCCGUAGUUAAUGGGUCGAAAGUCGAGAUUACGAGAAACCUGGCCGUCGCUUUGCGUCAUUUACGUAGGUGGAAACUGUUCAGAGGGGCGGUAUCUCUCCCGCUGUGGGCCGACGCGAUCUGCAUCAACCAGAGAGACGUCGCAGAGAGGGGACACCAGGUCAGGCUGAUGGGCUUGGUAUUUUCGUCGGCCCUAUACGUGGUAUCGUGGCUGGGGGCUCCGACGGGCGGGCAGGGCGACAUCAACUUUGGAGCUGUGCGGCGCUUUGCCUCUCUCCACAAAGGGUCAAGGGGGGGUCGGCUGGCGGGCCAAGCGGCCAGAAAGCGGCUGACGUUCGAGCAAGUGCUGAGGGAUCCUUCGCCUUGCAUGGGCCGCUAUUCGAACAUCGAGGAAUACAUCGGCGCGAUAAACCUCGCGGAAUCGCCGUACUGGACCCGGACCUGGAUCGUCCAGGAGCUGGUCCUGGCGUCGGACCCGGACAGGCACCUGUUCUGCUACGGCAACGACUGCGUUACCUAUCGUCAGCUGGAGGACUACAACGACUUCGUCGAUGGGGCGCCCAUGAAGUGUUCCCCGACGGUGCCGUUGAUCCCGCUGGUCGGAUACCUGAAGGAACACGGCCGGGACGUGCCCGCGUACGUGGUGGCGGGGAUUUCGAAUCGCUGCUCUUCGAGCAACCCGCUCGACGCCAUCUACGGUCUGCUCGGGGUCGUAGAGCUGGACAUCACGCCCGACUACGAAAAGCCAGUUGUCGAUCUGUAUCGCGAAUGGUUUGCGGGCGUACUAGCGCAGGGCGACUACAAGGACAUGUUGAGUUGGGCCGGCAUAGGGCACAAAGAUUAUUCAGAGGCCGACGGAUUCCCCUCCUGGCUUCCGAACUUGGGCAUGAGGGCGAAGCGCGCAGGAUUCUCGUGGGAAAUGCCCAUAGACUUCGUGUGGCGCCCGAAUGCAGUCCGGGAUGCACCGUUGGCCGCGUUUCCUCUACAGCUGCCGUCAAUAAAAGCAGGCGACAUAUUGAGUAUAUCUGGCGCCCGUCUGGAGGCCGUGGCCGAAAUAAACAUCUACGAGUUCCAAAGCGACCUUGUCGCCGACAAGGUGUCGUCUUUGGAACAAAUGGGAGUCAUGGGGAUACCUAGUACUAAAGGAGAGCGGUGUGAAGCAAGCAAUUUCUUCCGAACGGAACAAGGAAACCCGGGUUCCGGCCCGGAGAAGACUCUUCCCGGAGAUGUCUUGUGUUUCCUCGACGGUCUAAGUUGGACCGCCCUCUUGAGACGUCGGGACGAGUCAACCUGGGCUUAUGUCGGCACUUGUCGACUCGACACCCGACCGGACCAGAUAUACCUUGAGAAGAUUCAGCGCGGAGAGAUUCUCAUCGAGGAGUUCAAUCUACGAUGACUAGUGCGGUGUGUUAAUGAGAACGAGACGCCAGUUACUACAGUGGCUACAGGAUCUGGCUACUCCCGAUGCAGGAUAUGGACAGGGAAGGGGUAAAAGCAACUGGCUUAUUAGCAACGCGAUCCCUUAAGAACCCCACUGAGACGUAGGGUAUUAACUCCACUACCUGUAUGUGAGAAUUGGAUCCAGAAACUCAGGAGGAUCGGGUUUCUGUGCCUCGUUGUGUAUACUUCUGGCAAAGGGGUGGAUUCGUAUUUAUCCAAGCAACAUUCAUGAGAGUAGUUACGGCUUGCCUACGAAUCCGCGAGGCGAUAAUAGAAUAUUGCAUAGCUAUAAUGCGAAGUAA